GACUCCACUCCGCCAGGGCUGAUUUCUGAUCAUCUCUUCUCCUGCUCCUCCAGUGUAAUGUCCUCCUGGGCUCCUGAACUCUUCUCCUGUUCCAUAUGUCUGGAUGUGCUGAAGGAUCCCGCUACGCUGGCCUGCGGCCACAGUUACUGCCUGCUGUGCAUCCAGAAGCACUGGGACUCCAGAGUGGCCCGGGCUGAGUUCGAGUGCCCUCAGUGCCGGCGCAGGUUUAACCCGCGGCCCGUCCUGGCCCGCAGCGGGGUGCUGAUGGAGGCGCUGGAGAAGCUGCGGCUGAGCCAGCAGGAUGGGCUCGUGUCUGAGGAGUCCUGCGCUGGGUUAAGGGAUGGGGCUGGGUUACCCUCCUCUGGCCUGUACCCCACCCUGCCCUCAUCCUCGCCGAUCCUCUGUCCCAUACACCAGCGGCUGCCGGAGCUGUACUGCAUGCAGGACCAGCAGAGUGUCUGUGAGGACUGCAGCCGCCUCACACACAGCACACAUCAGGUGGUGCGGCCCGAACAGCAGCAGAGCAGGAUACAGGAGCAGCUGAAGGAAGUGAACGCUCGUAUCCAGAGCAGCAUCGCAGACAGAGAGAAGCUCCUGCAGAGACUCCCACAACUCACAGACACACACCAGGUCUCUGUGCAGCAGCUGAUGCAGGACUCUCAGUCAGUGUUCUCCGGUGUGUGUGGCCUGCUGGAGCUCAGUGUGUCUCAGCUGCUGCAGCUCCUCCAGGCUCAUCAGUCCUCCUGGCUGCUCCUCAUGCAGACGGAGACGCAGCGGCUGCAGCAGGACAUCAGCAGACUCCAGCGCAGACAGCAGGAGAUGCAGACGCUGAGCAGCAUCAGCGAGCCCGUCGACUUCCUCACCGCGUUCAGUGCCAUGUCCACUGUGGAUCCAUCUGAGCGUGCGCUGCUGGAGAUCCAGACUCCAGAUUCUGUGGUUUCAGGAGUCAGAUCCGCUCUGGACACUUUCAGAGAGAGCGCAGAGCACCUGACCAAAACCUGCCUGGCCUCAGUCUUCAGAGUCGUGAACGAGGCGUCUGCAGCAACACACACCUGCAGUGAUGAAGGAGCCAGUGUCUUCAAUGUGUGUGAGAGCACAGCAGUUCAGUCUGACUCUGGAGAUGAGGAACACACGGCUCAAGCGUCUGCUGCUGCAACACCAGACCAGCAGAGUACACCAGCGGCUGCUCAGGCUUCUGCAGACGAGGCUGCUGCAUGCGUGUGUGUGUCCAAUCCAGCUCCCAAAACCAGAGAGGAAAUGCUCAAAUUCCGUGUGGAUCUGACUCUGGACCAGAACUCCGCGUUCCAGCACAUCCGUCUGUCAGAGGGUUUCCGGAAGGCGACUCUGUGUGCGGAGCGGCAGAACUAUCCAGAACACCAGCAGCGCUUCCUCUACUGGAGGCAGGUGCUGUGUGUGGAGCCGCUCGCCGGCAGCCCGUACUACUGGGAGGUGGAGUGGACGGGCCAGAGGGUGACGGUGGGCGUGGCGUACGCACACAUAGACCGCUCCUCCUCCGGCGACCGCGCCCGUCUGGGUCACAACACUGAGUCCUGGAGCCUGUACUGGUCCGGCCGGGCCUUCUCGCUGUGGCAUGCUGGGAAAGAGACGCCACUGCAGGGCCCCAAAGCCAAGCGCAUCGGGGUGUAUGUGGACCAGCAGGCCGGCGUUCUGGCCUUCUACCGCGUCACACACACACACACUCAGACAAACGCGGAGGAGAUCUGCUGCGUGCACACGGAGUUCCAGCGCCCUCUGCUGGCCAGCUUCAGAUUCUGGUCUGGGGUCGGCUCCUCCAUCAGCCUGUGUGCGCUCGAGUGAGUGAGUGAGUGUGUGUGUGUGUGUGUGUGUGUGUGUGUGUGUGUGUGUGUGUGUGCGCACCUGGAUGACCUCACAGAGAAAUGAAGACUAUCAGUGAACACUGUUGCUUAACUUUCAGAUCCUCUGGCCAGAAUAAUCCUCAUAACUCAGUCAUGAACUCAGGGUAAUCCCUCGCCCUGGAGGAAACGGACAUUUCUGAAGGUUUUCCAAUCACUCAACGCUAAUUAACGGAGUCAUUCUUAAAGGGACAGUCCACCUGAGAUGGCAGUGAUGUCACUUCCUCCUUCUCCACUUGUUCACUGACCUGUUUGAGUUUCUGUGACCGUGUCGCUGCAUAUGAUUGUGUUUGUCCUGUUUGUAAAACUCUUCAGAAUGAUGAACGCAACUGAAUCACGUCAGAUGAACUAAUUAAAUGGUGUGUUUUGCUUCA